UCCAUUCUGCUACUCCCCAAAUUCUUCAUGGAGCUUCACUUUCCUUCCUUCCAUAUCCUCUCCGCCUUCAUCUUGUUUCUGGUCGUGGUACUGAGAACACAGAAGAGAUCCAAAACCGGUAGUUUGACGCCAAAUCUACCACCUGGGCCAUGGAAGCUUCCACUUAUAGGAAACAUUCACCAGCUUGUUGGCUCCCUACCUCACCACGCCCUGAGGGACUUGGCUAAGAAAUAUGGUCCCCUGAUGCAUUUACAACUUGGUGAAGUUUCCACCAUUGUCGUUUCUUCAUCGGAAAUUGCCAAAGAGGUUAUGAAAUCUCAUGACAUCAUCUUUGCACAGAGGCCCCACAUUCUGGCCACAAGGAUCAUGUCCUAUAAUUCUACCAACAUUGCCUUUGCGCCAUAUGGUGACUAUUGGAGACAUUUGCGAAAAAUUUGCAUGUCCGAGCUUUUGAGUGCAAAUCGUGUUCAAUCUUUCCAGUCAAUCCGGAACGAAGAGGAAUCAAAUCUUGUUAGAUCAAUCUCCUUGAACACAGGGUCGCCAAUCAAUCUUACUGAGAAAACUUUUGCAUCAAUCUGUGCCAUCACUACAAGGGCGGCCUUUGGUAAGAAGUGCAAAUACCAGGAAACAUUCAUCUCGGUUCUCCUGGAAACUAUUAAGUUGGCAGGAGGCUUCAACGUGGGUGACAUAUUCCCUUCCUUCAAGUCUCUCCAUUUGAUAAGUGGGAUGAGGCCUAAGCUCGAGAAGCUGCAUCAGGAGGCUGACAAGAUACUUGAAAACAUCAUUCAUGAACAUAAAGCAAGAGGAGGGACAACAAAGAUCGACAAGGAUGAACCAGAUGAAGAUCUGGUAGAUGUUCUUUUAAAGUUUCAUGAGGAUCAUGGUGACCAUGCAUUUUCCUUAACUAAUGACAACAUCAAAGCAGUUCUCUUGGACAUUUUUGGUGCUGGAAGUGAGCCAUCAUCAACAACUAUAGAUUUCGCCAUGUCAGAAAUGAUGAGAAACCCCAGAAUAAUGAGAAAGGCACAAGAAGAGGUGCGGCGGAUUUUUGACAGGAAGGAAGAAAUCGAUGAAAUGGGUAUUCAAGAAUUGAAAUUCUUGAAGUUAGUUAUCAAAGAGACUUUAAGAUUACAUCCUCCACUUCCUUUGUUACUUCCAAGAGAAUGCAGAGAGAAAUGUGAGAUUGAUGGACAUGAGAUACCUGUCAAAUCUAAAAUCAUUGUCAAUGCAUGGGCAAUCGGACGAGAUCCCAAACAUUGGACUGAACCUGAAAGCUUCAACCCAGAGAGAUUCCUUGACAGUUCAAUCGAUUACAAGGGCACUAACUUCGAGUACAUCCCAUUCGGUGCUGGAAGGAGGAUAUGCCCGGGAAUCUCGUUUGGCCUUGCCAGUGUUGAGCUUCUACUUGCAAAGUUGCUGUACCAUUUCGAUUGGACACUUCCCAACGGAAUGAAGCAACAAGAUCUAGACAUGACUGAAGUUUUUGGCUUGGCUGUUCGAAGAAAAGAAGAUCUGUACUUGAUUCCCACUGCUUACUAUCCUUUAUCUCAUGAAUGGCUUUAUAGCACAGUAACAUGGAAGCAUGGGAGACUUAAAGAAGAUGAAGCCCAUCAUUUACCACAUCCUGACACAGAUCAAGAUGAACAUGAGAUUGAUGACAACUUCAGGGGCCAUGGGAACUUCGGUGGAGGACGCAUCUAUGCCAGGAAUGAGUUUGGCAACCUGGGCGAAUUCUAUGAUGGCUUCGAUCCGCAUAUUCCACCAGAUGACAAGGAAUCUUUGGGAUCAGUUCAUGCAAUGUUUCUACACUCCUUUAUCCCAAUGGAGAUCCAUCUUCCCUCUUCCUAUGCCUUCUUUGCCUUCCUUCUCUCCAUGUUCAUUGUUUUCAAAAUAGGAAAGAGGUCCAAAUCCAAAAUCUCACCCGCAAAGCUGCCCCCAGGACCAUGGAAACUACCUCUCAUAGGAAACAUGCACCAACUUGUUGGCUCACUACCCCAUCACACCCUGAAACGCUUGACCAGCAAAUAUGGACCUUUCAUGCACCUACAACUUGGUGAAGUUUCUGCCCUCGUAGUUUCUUCACCAGAAAUUGCCAGAGAGGUUAUGAAAACCCAUGAUACUAUUUUUGCUCAAAGGCCUCCUCUUCUUUCUUCUACUAUCAUAAAUUAUAACGCUACAAGUAUUUCUUUUUCUCCUUAUGGUGACUACUGGAGACAACUUCGAAAAAUUUGUACCAUUGAACUUUUGAGUGCAAAGCGCGUCAAGUCAUUCCAAUCGAUUCGAGAAGAGGAGGUUUCAAACUCAUGGAGCAUCUCUUUGAAUGCAGGAUCACCAAUCAAUCUUAGCGAAAAAAUUUUCUCUUUGACAUAUGGCAUAACAUCAAGGUCAGCUUUUGGCAAAAAAUUCAAAGGCCAGGAUGCAUUUGUAUCAGCUAUCUUGGAAGCUGUGGAGCUGUCAGCAGGUUUCUGUGUUGCAGAUAUGUACCCUUCGCUUAAAUGGCUUCACUAUAUCAGUGGAAUAAAGCCUAAACUUGAGAAAGUGCACCAGAAAAUUGAUAGGAUACUUAACAAUAUUAUUGAUGACCACAGGAAGAGGAAGACAACAACAAAAGCGGGGCAACCUGAAACCCAGGAAGAUCUAGUUGAUGUUCUUUUAAACCUUCAGGAGCAUGGGGACCUUGGAAUUCCCUUAACUGACGGCAACGUCAAAGCAGUCCUAUUGGACAUUUUCAGUGGUGGUGGUGAGACGUCGUCAACGCCUGUGGUGUGGGCGAUGGCGGAAAUGCUGAAAUCCCCAAUAGUAAUGGAAAAGGCUCAAGCUGAAGUUAGACGGGUCUUUGAUGGAAAAAGGGACAUCAAUGAAACAGGCCUUCAUGAAUUAAAAUACUUGAAUUCAGUAGUAAAAGAAACCUUGAGGCUACACCCUUCUGUUCCUUUGUUGCUUCCAAGAGAAUGCAGGGAAAGGUGCGUGAUUAAUGGAUACGAGAUACCUGAAAACACAAAAGUCAUCAUUAACGCAUGGGCAAUUGCUCAAGAUCCUGAUCAUUGGUUUGCCAAUAAAUUUUUUCCUGAGAGGUUCCUGGAUAGUUCGAUUGAUUUCAAGGGUACUGAUUUUAAAUAUAUCCCAUUUGGUGCUGGAAGGAGGAUGUGCCCAGGCAUUUUGUUUGCUAUACCUAAUGUUGAACUGCCACUUGCAAAUUUGCUCUACCAUUUUGACUGGAAACUUCCUGAUGGAAUGAAGCAUGAGGAUCUAGACAUGACUGAGGAAUUUGGGUUGACCAUUAGAAGAAAAGAAGAUCUGAACCUAAUUCCCAUUCCAUAUGAUCCUUUUCUUGUUCAGUGAUCUCACUACCAGGAAAAGGUAUUACGACAAUGUUUGUAUGA